GGCCUGUCUGUAGGGCUCGGAAACAUUUGGCGUUUUCCAACGAGAGCUUAUGAGAAUGGUGGAUCAGCAUUUCUUAUCCCUUAUAUCACUUGUGCCAUCCUUUUUGGACUUCCAUGUGUUUAUUUGGAAUUCGCUUUGGGUCAAUUUCACGGACGGUCCCCUCCAUUUGUCUACAGAAGGAUGAUGCCGAUUCUAGAAGGUUUCGGAUGGGGCGGAGCUUCGAUUGCAGCAAUUGUCAGUAUUUAUUUUAUGUUGCUAAUUGCUUGGAUCAGUGUUUAUUUCUUUAAUGUCAUCAUUGGAAAUUCUGGAAAAUGGGGACAAUGUGAUAAUCCGUGGAAUGAUCCAGCCACUUGCUUCAAUAUUCCGGCCCAAGAAAUGUGCAGAAAGGGGUUCAAUCAUUCCAGAAUGAUCUAUAUGAAUGGAUCAGCUAAAAAAACCUUUAGAAACUUCAUCGUUCGCCCAUCAACCACUCUCACCGAUAUCAACUCUCUAAACUGGCCGGUAUUCAUUGCUAUGGUUAUCGCGUGGAUACUUACCGUAAUCUGUAUCACGAAAGGAAUGAAAUUCAUUGGAAAACUAUCCUAUGCUACCGUAGUCCUUCCAUAUGUCAUAAUUUUGAUACUAUUCGUUAGAGGAGUCACUUUGGAUGGAGCUUCCGACGGGCUCAAAUUCUUUUUGGCUCAGACGGAUUUCAAAAAGUUGCUGAGAUAUGAAACAUGGUCCGCCGCACUGACCCAAUUGUGUUUUUCAUUGGGACUUGGAUUUGCUGGAUUGAUGAAUAUUGCGUCUUAUAAUGACAGGGGACAUAAUUGUUAUAGG